GAUUGGUAUGCUGCGUGCGAGUGUGUGAGGGGAGGAGGCGUCGGGGCCGAGCGUGGUACUACGACGGGCGCGGGCCGGAGGGGGCGGGGGGAUGCGCCGCGGCGGCGGUGGCGCGGGCGCUGGGGCUGGUGUUCAGAGGCGCCAGAGCAGCGGAUCCCUGUCUCGCCGCCGCAGGAGCGCGGGUGUCGCGCGCGGCCUGAAGACGCCGUACCUUUCUGCCCCUCACCUUUUUUUUUUUUUUUUAAAUAACCGGAACCAAUGAACGCAGCUGGGACCCGAGCUCCGGAGGCCGCCGGUGCCAAGGGGACCAGGCUGGCGCCCGGCAGGAGCUCGCGUCCGAGGCGGCGGGGGCGUCCAGACGAGUGGCCGGCGGCGGCAGCGGCUGCAGCGCCUGGCGGAGCGGACGAGUGGCCGGCGGCCGGGGCGCCGCUGCGCUUUCCCCUCGCUCCUCCUCCGCGCCCUCAUCCCGCUGCGGCGUCCGGCCCGGCCUCGGGCUGGCUCCGGCAGUGGCGCUGGGCUACGCUGCUCGUGCUCGGGCUGCUGGUGGCUGGCGCGGCGGACGGAUGCGAGCUGGUGCCCAGGCACCUCCGCGGGCGGCGGGCCUCGGGCUCUGCCGCGGCAGCCGCCUCCUCUCCCCCUGCGGCGGCGGGAGACAGUCCGGCGCUCAUGACAGAUCCCUGCCUAUCACUGAGUCCACCAUGCUUCACAGAAGAAGAUAGAUACAGCCUGGAAGCUCUUCAAACAAUACAUAAACAAAUGGAUGAUGACAAAGAUGGUGGAAUUGAAGUAGAUGAAAGCGAUGAAUUUAUCAGAGAAGAUAUGAAAUAUAAAGAUGCUACUAAUAAACACAGCCAUCUACACAGAGAAGAUAAGCAUAUAACUGUUGAGGAUUUAUGGAAACGGUGGAAAACAUCAGAAGUUCAUAAUUGGACCCUUGAGGACACACUUCAGUGGUUGAUAGAAUUUGUUGAACUACCCCAAUAUGAGAAGAAUUUUAGAGACAAUAAUGUCAAAGGAACAACACUUCCCAGGAUAGCAGUACAUGAACCUUCAUUUAUGAGCUCCCAGUUGAAAAUCAGCGAUCGGAGUCACAGGCAAAAACUUCAGCUCAAGGCACUGGAUGUGGUUUUGUUUGGACCUCUGACACGCCCGCCUCAUAACUGGAUGAAGGAUUUUAUUCUCACAGUUUCUAUAGUAAUUGGUGUUGGAGGGUGCUGGUUUGCUUACACACAGAAUAAGACAUCAAAAGAACAUGUUGCAAAAAUGAUGAAAGACUUAGAGAGUCUACAAACUGCAGAGCAAAGCCUAAUGGACUUACAAGAGAGGCUUGAAAAGGCACAGGAAGAAAACAGAAAUGUUGCUGUAGAAAAGCAAAAUCUAGAGCGCAAAAUGAUGGAUGAAAUCAAUUAUGCAAAGGAAGAGGCCUGUCGGCUGAGAGAGCUAAGGGAAGGAGCCGAAUGUGAACUGAGUAGACGGCAAUACGCAGAACAGGAAUUGGAGCAGGUUCGAAUGGCUCUAAAAAAGGCUGAAAAAGAAUUUGAACUCCGAAGCAGCUGGUCUGUCCCAGAUGCACUUCAGAAAUGGCUUCAGUUAACACACGAAGUUGAAGUCCAGUACUACAAUAUUAAAAGACAAAAUGCUGAAAUGCAAUUAGCUGUUGCUAAGGAUGAGGUUGCUGCUUCAUAUCUGAUUCAGGCAGAGAAAAUUAAAAAGAAAAGAAGCACAGUUUUUGGGACUCUGCAUGUUGCUCAUAGCUCCUCCCUAGAUGAAGUAGAUCACAAAAUUCUGGAAGCAAAGAAAGCUCUCUCUGAGUUGACAACUUGUUUACGAGAACGACUUUUUCGCUGGCAACAGAUUGAGAAGAUCUGUGGCUUUCAGAUAGCCCAUAACUCGGGCCUGCCCAGCUUGACCUCUUCCCUGUAUUCUGAUCACAGCUGGGUGGUGAUGCCCAGAGUCUCCAUCCCACCCUAUCCAAUUGCUGGAGGAGUUGAUGAUUUAGAUGAAGAUACACCCCCAAUAGUGUCACAGUUUCCUGGGACCAUGGCCAAGCCCGCAGGGUCGCUCGCCCGAAGCAGCAGCCUGUGCCGCUCCCGUCGCAGCAUCGUGCCGGCCUCGCCGCAGUGUCCACGUGCCCAGCUCCCUCCUCACACGCCGCACCAGGCCCACGCCCGGCACCCCCACCAUCCCCAGCACCCGCAGCACUCCUUGCCUUCCCCUGACCCCGAUAUCCUCUCAGUAUCAAGUUGUCCUGUCCUGUAUCGAAACGAGGAGGAGGAGGAGGCCAUUUACUUCUCUGCUGAAAAGCAAUGGGAAGUGCCAGACACGGCCUCAGAAUGUGACUCCUUAAAUUCUUCCAUUGGAAGGAAACAGUCUCCUCCUUCAAGCCUUGAGAUAUACCAAACCUUGUCUCCUCGAAAGAUAUCAAGAGAUGAGCUGUCUCUAGAGGAUUCCUCCCGAGGAGACUCACCCAUAACUGCAGAUACCUCUCGGGGUUCUCCUGAUUGUGUGGGUCUGACAGAAACGAAGAGUAUGAUCUUCAGUCCUGCCAGCAAAGUGUACAAUGGCAUCUUGGAGAAGUCCUGUAGCAUGAACCAGCUUUCUAGUGGCAUCCCGGUGCCUAAACCUCGCCACACAUCCUGUUCCUCUGCCGGCAACGACAGUAAAGCAGUUCAGGAAUCCGCACACGUUACCAGGAUAAGCAGCAUCCCGCACGAUCUUUGUCAUAAUGGAGAGAAAAGCAAAAAGCCAUCAAAAAUUAAAAGCCUUUUUAAGAAGAAAUCUAAAUGAACUGGCUGACUUGAUGGAGUUUAUUCAAGUGGCAUCUUUAAACUUUUAUCUCCCGUCCUUCACUCCCCCUUUUUUUUUUUGUUUUAAUUUUAGGAAUGUAACUCCAUUGGGGCUUUCCAGACUGGAUGCCAUAGUGGAAUGUCCCAAGGGCAACUGUCUACUGUCUGCUUAUUUAAAUGACUAUAUAAUCAAUUCGUCAAGCCAGUUAUUACUGAAAAAUCAUUAAGAGAUGAGACAGUUUACAGUCAUUUCUGCCUAUUUAUUUCUGCUUUGUUAUUAGUGAUGUAUAUACAACAUUUUGUUGAAAGCCACUAUGGACUUACAAGCUUUAAUGGACUAGUAAGCCAGCAUGGGCUUGCGAAACUUUCUUGUUUACCACACCAUCUUCUUACCUUUCCACAGAGCUAUUUACAUCCUGGACUAAGUGACUUAAACGAAGUAAAACUAAUUGCACUACCGUUUUCCAGACUGGAAAAAAAACUCCGCAAGUGAAACUGUAUAGAGUUUAUAAAAUGACUAUGGAUAGGGGACUGUUUUCAUUUUUAGAUCAAAAUGGGUUUUUAAGUAGAACCUAGGGUUUCUAAUUGACUUGAUUUCUGGAAAUGAAAACCCACGCUUUUAUUAUGGGAAGCUUCUUUAAAUGCAUUUAAUAUUAUAAAGUUUCAAGUCCUGCUGUAAAGAUCAUGUUGUUUUGUUUUUCCCAGGGCUUUCACUGUGAUUUACUGCAUUGCAGGCUGUAUGAUAAAAUAUAAAUAAUUUAAGGAGAGAAGGCUCUUGAUUCCUUGCGCACGCGAAAGAGUUAAAACUUGAUUGAAGGACUUAUAGUCACAAACUUAAACUGAGGUUGGGGAUGUGGGGAUUCAGGCACUUGUUUACAGACUUUGAAUAACAGCAAAGAAGUUAUGGUUUGUGAAGAAUUUGUACUGUGGAAAAGAUAAUAAAUUGGAGACAUUAUUGUG